AGGCACACUUCUCCACAAACUUUUACAAACUUCAGCAGUGUUUGUGACUGCAGGAUAACCGUUGCCAGCAUUAUGGCAGAGAAAGGACCACUCCUAACUUCAGUCAUCAUUUUCUACUUGUCCAUCGGAGCCGCGAUAUUUCAGAUCCUCGAGGAGCCGCAUUGGAAAUCAGCCCUGGACGAUUAUAAAAACCAAACGGACAAUAUUUUAAAGAAAUAUCCCUGUUUAAAUGAGGAGGAUUUGAAGAAAGUCAUAGAGGUUGUGGCUGAAGCGGCUGGAAGAGGUGUGGCCAUCACAGGAAAUAAAGAAUUCAACAAUUGGAAAUGGGAGAAUGCUAUUAUUUUCGCAGCCACGGUUAUCACUACCAUAGGUUAUGGUAAUGUCGCUCCAAAGACAGGCGGCGGCCGUGUGUUCUGUAUCCUGUACGGGCUUUGUGGUAUUCCACUGUGCCUCACAUGGAUAAGUGAGCUUGGUACGUUCUUUGGUGGCAGAGCAAAGCGCCUGAGUCAGGUGCUCCUCCAUAAAGGUCUCACUGUGAAAAAAGUUCAGUUCAUCUGUACUGCUGUAUUCCUUUUAUGGGGAUUUCUUGUUCACCUCAUCAUCCCAUCCUUUGUGUUCAUGGUCUUUGAGAAGUGGACAUACUUAGAAGGCCUCUACUUCUCCUUUACCACCAUGACAACUGUUGGUUUUGGAGACUAUGUAACAGGUGUGAACCCAGAAAUAGACUACCCAUCACUCUACAGAUUCUUUGUGCAGCUGUGGAUCUGCCUGGGUCUGGCCUGGUUGUCUUUGUUCUUCAGCUGGAAUGUGCAUAUGGUGGUCAAAGCCCAUAAAGUCCUGAAGAAAAGGAGGCUGAGACGUCACAAGCUCUCUAUCGAUGACAUACCAAUAACAAAAGAAAUUAAAAAAGCCCCAAAGCCACCACCUCUCACUGGCGUCAUCGACAUCUUUCAGUUCAUGUCUGAGAAGGUUGAGGACUACAGCGACGUCAUCCGAUCCAUUGGAACGGACAAGAGGCACCAGAAAAAGCAGCAGGAGGAGGAUCUGGCACGGUCUAAGAGCUGCAGUGACCUUCUGCACGGCCUGGUGAUCCCACUUGAACAUUCUCCUCAUCUGAAACGGCGAUUCAGCAUCAGCACCAACCUAUUGGUCAUAUCUGGAGAGUCAACAGAAUGUCUCACAAACAGCCAAGAGGGACAGACACUACUAAAAGAGCACCACAGAGAUCCUCAGGAACCGAAGCUUGUUGAGAAACCUGGGCACAGUGCAUGGGACUCUGGAAGAUCCUAUCCAUCACUAUUCCGGAGCCCCGACCAAAGCCCCACUAUUACCAUCAAUAAUAGUGAAUCAAGGUUUUCAGUUUCCAAAAAAUCAGAAGACAAAUUUUUAGGAAAGAGAAAAAGCAUUGGUUGAAGAUUACAUUAAUCUACACGGUCUAAAAUGGCCCUAUCCAAGUUAUUAUGCUCUGCUUUUAUUCAUUUGGUAAUUGUGAAGAUUACGAUGAGCUGAAGAGCGGAAAAGGAUAAAGCUGAUGCUAUCAGUAGCACUUAAGGAACUAAGAAGAUUAACUCUUAAAAGGAAGACAUGCUGACAGGUAUAUGCUCUUCCUAAUGAAGAUGCCAAAUAUGGCUGCAGUUUUAUGACACUCAAGUGAUUAUUUCUGGUUACAGUACUAAAAACAAUUACGGUAACGCACAGGGUAUUACGAUGAAUCUGUUAUUGAGACAUGGAUGUGGGAGGGUUGGCAGAGGAAAUUAAACCGAUUUCCCGCCACGUCUGGACCUUCACAGAUGACAUUGGAAACUUCAGCUGUGCUUUUGAUAAGUUUUUCUUACUCUGGAUUAUUGUUACCAAAAUGUCUGCUUGAACAAAAUCUACCAAUGCUAGGAAUGGAAUACUAGCGUACAAGUAUGUGAAACAAAAUGUUGACUGAAGUGUUAAAACAUUAGUAAGUUACAUUAUUUUCCCAUGACCUCACUACAGUGUAUGUACAUUGAAAUGGUCCAGGUUUCAUCUCUGAUGUAAAUAUGAUUAUAUUGCGUUUUCAAUCUACUGUUGUGUAACAAUGUCUUCUUUGAUCAGAUCAAAUAAGAGCAAUGUAAAAAAUUAUUUAUUGGUCAUUCAAAUCAUUUAUAUGACUAUUAGUAGAUCUAUCAUAAUAGGAAUUGAAGGCAGAGAAGAGUGAAUUGCAUUAGAGAAGUGUGUUUUGGUAUACAAAAUCACUGGUCUAUACAGUGUACUUUGUAUAUAUUUUAUACGGAACGUUUUGUCAAAUGUAGUAAGCAUCCAUGUAUUCCAGGUCAGGGCCAGCAAUUAACCAGCGUUCAGGGCAAACAAAUAGUCAAGAUAUUUAAAAUGUUUUCGAUUUUCCAAUUGCUCCAUUUUAUUUGGAGGAAAAACGCCGUUUUAGUCGGGAUGAGAGGAGUAGCAUAACAAAAUUAAUGCGUUUUGAAAGUAAAAUGUUACAGUAUGUUGCACGGUUUAAAGGAAUAUUCCAGGUUCAAUACAAGUUAAGCUCAAUCGACAGCAUUUGUGGUAUAAUGUUGAUUACAACAAAUGUAUUUAAACAUGUCACUCCUUUUAUUAAUAACAAAACAUGGGUUACAGUGAUGCACUUAAAAUGGAAAUGAAUGGGGCCAAUCCGUAAACAUUAAAAUACUUAAUGUUCGAGAAUACAGCCACAAGAUGUAAACAUUAUGGGUGCUAAAAUGAUUUUAGUGCGAUAAAAUCACUUACUAACUUUUUCUGUGAAAAGUUAAAGCCUACUAUAGUACUACUUUUUUGCAAUAAAGACGCCACACAAUAAACCCUAGGUCGCUGCCCAACCCCAUGAAAACAUGCAAGUACCCCCCCCCAUUAUUUAUACCAUGAUCAAUAUAAACACCAGUGCUACCCAGUGCUUCACACUGCAAUGUUCAAGCCAAAUCUGCACCCUUCAUGAAUAUAAAAAUGGCAAUUUAAACAACAGCUCAAAAUAUACAUUUUUACUGCAUAAUUCAUUUGUGCUUUUUAGAAAAUUAUAAGCUUUGCAAUUCUGCUUUUAAACCCUCUGAAAACUGUCCCCCUUUACUUCCAUUGCAAGUGCCGAUUUUUAUUUAACAAAAUCAUUUAUAUAAAGUAAAAUAGGGAUGAGAUUAAAUAAUUUUUUGAGGCAAUAAACAUUAUGCCACAAAUAUUAAUGUUGAACUUCAUUUGAACAUGGAAUAUUUCUUAAAUAUUUUAUACAUUUCAUAAGAUUCUAUACUUGACUUCUAAAGUUUGAGGUUUAAUCAUUUGAAUUGAGUUAUUUGACAUAAAUGGACAAAAUACUGUUAUCUAAAGCCCAAAGUAUACUUCGGUCAGAUGCUGACAGUUUUAAGGCUGUCCUUUAGUUGGCUCAAUGUGCAUUUGGGAAGCAUUUUAGCAUACUGAGGAUGCAUCUUCUCAACGUUCCCCCAAAAUUGCCACCUUGUGGAAGAUUUGAUUAUGGAUGUUCUGUUAUGAGACGUAAUUUUUCCAUCUGACUGAUUAUGCUUUUGCUCAAGAAUUUUUUGCCAUCGUAUUUGAUGUCCUUUUUAUAACUUCUAUAACUAUUUUUUUAAUGCCACUUGAUGUUAAAAAGUAUUUUUCCACAUCUCCAUCAGCUGUUUCCAAACUUUUGAGUUGAUAAACCACAUCCUGUCUGUUGGCAGAAUUG